UCGCGCCCUACCUGCUCCGCCCCUCUCGCCUCGGCGGGGCGGCGGCGGCGGCAGCAGCAGCUUUCCUGGGCGGAGCCUCGGUGGCAGGCGUCGUUUCCAUUGUAGGCCCCGGCCGGGCAGGCCUCGCAGCGCGGAGGAGGGCCCUUGGGAGGCCACGCCCACCAGGCCGGAGAUUGGGGGACGAGGCGGCGCUCUGCACAUGCUCAGGAAAAUGUCAGUUUCCAAUAAGAUCAGGCACCUGCGAGCAGAGGAAGAUUGAGAUUUCACAAGGUGGAUCUUUUCGAGCAAAUCCAGAAAGAGAACAGACAGAGUUGGCAUCUAGAGAACUGCAAUGGGUGAGGAAGGCCCUCCCAGUCUGGAGUACAUCCAGGCCAAGGACUUGUUUCCCCACAAAGAGCUGGUUAAGGAAGAAGAAUCUUUACAGGUCCCAUUCACGGUGCUGCAGGGAGAGGGUGUGGAAUACCUGGGCCAUGCGAGUGACGCCAUCAUUGCCAUCUCCAACUACCGGCUCCAUAUCAAGUUUAAGGACUCUGUAAUCAAUGUGCCUUUGAGGAUGAUGGAAAGCGUGGAGAGUCGGGACAUGUUCCAGCUUCAUAUUGUCUGCAAGGAUUCCAAAGUAGUCAGGUGCCAUUUCUCUACUUUCAAGCAAUGCCAGGAGUGGCUGAAGCGGCUAAGCCGAGCCAUCGCUCGCCCUACAAAGCCAGAAGAUCUGUUUGCGUUUGCUUAUCAUGCCUGGUGCUUGGGGGUUUGUGCUGAUGAAGAGGACCAACAUGCCCACCUCUGCCGCCCAGGAGACCAUGUAAAAUACCGAUUUGAGAUGGAGCUGGCCCGGAUGGGCUUUGACUUGCAGAACGUUUGGAGGGUUUCUGGCAUCAACAACAAUUACAAGUUGUGUACAAGCUAUCCGCAGAAGCUCCUUGUUCCUGUCUGGAUCACCGAUAAGGAGCUGGAGAAUGUGGCUUCUUUUCGGUCUUGGAAGAGAAUUCCAGCAGUUGUGUACAGACACUUGCGCAACGGGGCAGUGAUUGCACGCUGCAGCCAGCCUGAAAUAAGCUGGUGGGGCUGGCGCAAUGCAGAUGAUGAGUACCUAGUGACCUCCAUUGCCAAAGCCUGUGCCUUGAACCCUGGACAGAGAGUGGCUGGGGGGACUCCACAUUCUGGGCUCAGCGAUGGGAACGAGGCUUGUGAUGCUGGGUUUGAUUCAUCACUGACUGCCGGUUCAAGCGUGGAGAGUUCAGCAACACCACAGAAGCUGUUGAUUUUAGAUGCCCGGUCUUACACAGCAGCUGUUGCCAACAGAGCCAAGGGAGGAGGCUGCGAGUGUGAAGAGUAUUACCCCAACUGCGAGGUGGUGUUCAUGGGGAUGGCCAACAUCCACUCCAUCCGAAACAGCUUCCAGUACCUGCGGGCAGUAUGCAGUCAGAUGCCAGAUCCCAGCAAUUGGCUGUCAGCUCUAGAGAGCACCAAAUGGCUGCAACACCUAUCUGUCAUGCUGAAGGCUGCUGUAUUGGUCUCAAACGCCAUAGACCGGGAAGGGCGCCCUGUGCUGGUUCACUGUUCAGAUGGCUGGGACAGAACUCCCCAGAUUGUUGCCCUGGCAAAGAUUCUUCUGGACCCUUAUUACAGGACCAUGGAGGGUUUCCAGGUGUUGGUCGAAUCAGAUUGGCUGGAUUUUGGCCACAAGUUUGCGGAUCGCUGUGGCCAUCAGGAAAAGGCAGAAGAUCAGAACGAGCAGUGCCCCGUGUUUCUGCAGUGGCUGGAUUCUGUACACCAGCUGCUCAAGCAAUUCCCCUGCCUUUUUGAAUUCAACGAAGCUUUCUUGGUGAAAUUGGUUCAACACACCUACUCCUGCCUUUACGGGACCUUUCUCGGAAACAGCCCUUGUGAGCGAGAGAUGCACAACAUUGCCAAGCGCACCUGCUCCGUGUGGUCCCUUCUGAGAGCCGGCAACAAGAAUUUUCACAAUCUGCUCUACAUGCCUGGAAAUGAACAGGUGCUGCAUCCAGUGUGCCACGUGCGUGCACUGCACCUCUGGACAGCAGUGUAUCUCCCAGCGUCAUCUCCAUGUCCUCUUGGAGAAGAGGACAUGGACCUUUACUUGCCUUCUGGGUCCCAGUGCCAGGAAUUUAGCAGCAGAUCGCUUGACAGGUUACCAAAGACAAGAUCCAUGGAUGACCUGCUCUCAGGCUGUGAUCCUGGCAGCCUGCUGACCCGCACAUCAAGUGAUCCAAAUCUUAACAACCACUGUCAAGACGUCCGAGUAGGCCUGGAGCCUAGACAUCCUAAUGCUGGGGAGGCAGUGGCAGUCAACGAGAGCACAACAGAGGAGCCGCCUCAGAUGCCAGAGCAGCAGGAACUCCAUCCCCCGCACAUAGUUGGGAGUUGCAGCGCUGGCAGUUACAGAAUUGAUCAGCCACAUACGCAGGAUGAUGGGGAGACUCAGAAAUUAAACGGCAUCUCUCAGGAGGUGGUCAACGAAGUGAGUCCAGCAGCAGCGGAAGGCAUCUGCCCAGCUCAAAGUGUUUUGGGCCAAAAGAAACCUUCACGGGAUUUGGACAGAACUGAGGAGCAAUUAGAACAGCCCCCCUGCAGCAAUGUGAAAGGUGUUGGCUUGGAAUCCAAUGGCACCUGGGACUUCAUACAGCCUUCCCUGCGGCCUUCAGCAUGUGCUCCUGUUUGGAACCCGCCAGCCCCUAGUGUCCCAAAACAAGAUGCUCCAGGUUGUCAAAAUGAGGAAGAUGGUAAACGGAGCUGUGUCGGGCACAGAGAGGAAAGCAGCCAGAUAGGAAAAACUCCUCCAGAGUGGUGGCGAAAAGGAAUUUCACAGAGCCAGACCAGUGAAUUCUCUCUUCUAGGAGCCAACUGGGACAGUUUUCAGGGGCUGGGGACUUCACUUCCUGGGGGUGACAUGGGUCCUCGGAGGUUCUUCUCCUACGGCUGCUGUAACAAGAGGCUGAGCAGCAGGCCCUUUUGGACCUCUGGACUAUGUCUCAGUGGCCAAUGGCCUUUGAAAGACGGUGCAAAGCCCCCAGCUGGCACGGGCCAUUCUGGCACACACUGCACAGGCCUCGCCACAAAAUCCAGCCGGCUGUGGCUCCCCUGCCAUUUGAAGCAGGCACUCGGCACCAAGCACGUGCCUCCAAACAGUCCUUCCCCAGUGCCUCCUCUCUAUCUAGACGACGAUGGGCUCCCCUUCCCCACAGAUGUGAUCCAGCACAGGCUACGGCAGAUCGAAGCCACCUACAAGCAGGAGGUUGAGCAGCUGCGCAGGCAGGUGCGAGAGCUGCAGCUUAGAUUGGACAUCCGCCAUUGCUACGCACCUCCAGCUGAACCACAGAUGGACUAUGAAGAUGACUUUACCUGUCUCAAGGAAUCUGAUGGCAGUGAAAAUGAAGAUUUCUACUCUGAUCAUAGUGAAGAUUGCCUGUCUGAAGCAAGCUGGGAGCCUGUUGAUAAAAGGGAAACUGAGGUCACGCGCUGGGUUCCUGACCACAUGGCCUCACAUUGCUUUAACUGUGAUUGUGAGUUCUGGCUGGCCAAACGCAGGCACCACUGCAGGAAUUGCGGGAAUGUGUUCUGUGCCGGCUGCUGCCACCUGAAGCUUCCCAUUCCCGAUCAGCAGCUCUAUGAUCCAGUCCUCGUUUGCAAUUCCUGUUACGAUCACAUCCAGGUUUCCCGUGCCAGGGAACUAAUGAGCCAGCACCUGAAGAAGCCCAUUGCCACAGCUUCUAGCUGAAUGCCAGAAGAAGGGAGCCAAUCCAAGCCUGGCUUUUCAACUUGCAGACUGGAAGGAAAGGGCUGUCUCUGCUACAGCUGAGGAGGUCGGUAACGCAGCGCUUGACCACCGAGCCUUGUAUGCACUGUUGGCGAUUUUCCCCCCCACUUGGUGCCCCAUGUAUUGGAGAUGAGGAAAUUGGAUUAAAGAGUAUGAUAUGGCCCACGUUAUGGUACUGUGUAUGGUCAGGAGACCUCAGGCUAAAUCUGAGACCACGGUGUCUUUCUUCAGAGGGUUGGCAAGUGACGUGGUGCAGGAUACUGCCUUGUUCCCCAAAGCAAUAGGAAGGCAUGAGCAGAGUAAAGACCCUCUUUGCCCCACCUCACAAAGGCAGGCAGGCUGAAUUCUGCAAGAAAGAAGGCAGCCUCAGAAUGGCCUAUCUACAGGAAAGCUCUGGCUGCAGUAGUAAUAUUUCAGUAGCGUUUGGCUUGCCAGCCGCUUCCCUGAUGGGCUCAAGGCCAGCACUGAUACCAAAAUGAGGAGGAGAGACUCCCUUAUCAAGCAAGCAGAGUCUCUCUCUGCAAAAUCCCUGUGAUCUUACAGGGAACAGACUCUUUGUCCUGGCAGCUGGCUGUUGUAUGUGGAAAGCAGAAUUGAGUUUGUCUUGCUGCUCUUCCUGCCCGCCCACUGUGGGUGUUGGGUAGCUGGUUCCAGACUGGUGUUUUCACAGGAGCGACAUCUUGAGCCUCCCUGGAUUCGUACCACGGGUGUAUUCUCCCCUCCCUUAUGCUGCACUUGUGUCUACCUAUUUCUGGUUGCUCUUUAUCCUGAAAACCUGAUGCCUGGAGGGCAGGCAGACGACGUGGUUUUCUUUUCCUCCUGGAAUGUGCUGUUUAGUGUGCUUGAGGGUUUCAGUCCAAAAUGCUGCUAAUGUUAUUUCUCUGCACUUAAAAAAACUGUAGUCUGGAAAAUAAAUGGGAUGGGGGGAUGCCAAUCUCAUACAUGGGAGACAGAGAACACUGGCUAACCUGGGACCUUUCCCCUGUUCCUGUCACUCAAGAAGGUGCAAGGGACGAUAAAAAGACCAUCAUCAUCAUUGCAACGAUGUUCCUCAGUUCAAUCUGACGUCAGUAAAUUUCUUUUUUGGAAAGGGGUCUCAUGAGCUCUGGCUGUUCCAUCGUGGAGACUUUUACUUCCAUCCAAACAAUUAUUGAUCAGCACUUCCUGAAAGGGGAGAGUGACUCUGCUGACAUUUUUACUGAUCUUCAUGAGCAAAGCCCAUGCCGUUUUAUCCUGAAAUAUAUAUCUGGGGGGCCCCGGGUGUGUGUGGGGGGGAGGUUAGAACAAACAAGAUGAUGAGGUAUUUUUUCCCCCAGCUAACUCAAGGAUCAUUUGACCCUCCAUGUUGGAAGGGUGUGCUAGGCCUCUCGUCUCAAGAAGAACCUGAAAUGCUAUCUUCUCCGCGGCCAGGCUUGAAUUCAUGCCAGCAUCUCACUCUUUGCUGGAUUUUUAAAUUGUCAGCAGAUUCAGUGUUUCUCUCUAUUUCACUACCUUCCACAUUUCAGCCUGCUUUGGGUCUUGGGCCUAAAAGCCAGCAUCGUCCUCUUAACACUGGAUCUGUCCCUGAAUUGCCCCAUGGCCCCUUUCAGGGAGUGAGUCACUUCUUAAUGGCAAAAGGUGGGAUCUUGUAGUUUGCCACGCUCUGAACUUUAUCUGUACAGAAGUGUGUAUGUGUGAAAGAAGUUCAGGUCUGUUUCCAUUUUCGGCUCAUUUGCACAGACUUGCAAACAACAAAAACUUGGAGAGAGAGAGAAGUCAGCCAUGGUUAAUCCAAACUCCUUUCAGCUCUCAUGAAUUUGUGUCACUGUCUUCAGGAAAAACAAAAAACAAACCCACCCUCCAAAAUCAGAUCAAUAGCUUUGUGACAAAACAAUGUGCUGUAAGAAAUUCAAUACAGUUGAAUAAAAUCUCUAUAUUAGUG